AUGGCCUGGGACGCGUCCGAUCGCAUCAGGGCCCGCGGUCCACAACUCCAGACCCUCAAUCUCUCAAAAUUCGUCCUUGACGAGCCCAUCUUCGACCCUUCAAACAGCUUCUCAAGUCAACAAGACGCCAACAUGACCCUUGGAGGCCUUCUGUCGCCGAUCGAGGAGGAAAGCGGGUUCGCCUUCGACAACGCACCCCUCCAGGUCAAGGUCAACGUCAGGUUUCUGGACCCCGUCGUCAAAUCGUUACAUUACAAUCGAAUCUACUCCAGCUCACCAGCUUUCGAGCCCACCGACCGGAUAUGUCGUGGCCUGUUGCACAGAAUCGAGCACUGCUCCAAGGAACUGAUCACCCGCAACGACCCGGAGGCGCUGAAUGAGGAACUCCGUCAAGCACCCCGUUUCGAGAUCAGUUUCCAGCUCAGGCACGAUGGGCUUCCUGGAAUCUGGGCCGAGAGGGUUUUCAAGUCCUACCAGAAACACCCCGUCACCAGUACCCUGGCCAAGGACAUUCUUUGCUCGACUCACAGCAUCAAUAUUCCCAUGACACACCAACAUCUCAAGCCUUCACUUACCGGUGCCCCGGAUCUCUCUUGCGUGCCUCGCUCUUGUUUCAUAGAAUCUACGCAGACCUGGGAGUUUAUCCCUGGGUACACCCUAGAGCUUGUAUUCAGGAGCCGCAACCCCUCACGGCGUCAAGCACUCAUCACACGAACUCUGAAGGUCAAUAGCAAGCAGACCGCCCCGCUGAAUCUUGGCCAGGGUGAGACGCUAUUAUGGCAGGCUUACAGGACGCUCGAAGACAUGCUUGACUCGAGGAGGACUGCCUUUGAGAUCGAGCAUGCGGAUUGUGAUGGAUUCGAGGGCGUCGUUGACUGCGACUGCCGACAUUUUGACGAGGAUGCCUUGUGCGUGGACCUCCGCGUCAUUAACAACCUUGGGCCCUACUACGAGCACCUGCACCGCAACAUUCAAAGCCGGCUACAGUUGUUCAGACACGUCUGUGGAAACGACUGCGACGACUUUGUGCGUGGCGUCCAUGGUAGCCUCGACGAGUUGAGGGAGAAAGUGGACGCAAAGCUCGAUGUACUGAACGACUUCGACUUCCGGAUUGCGGAGCUGAUUGGUCACGGGUGGCGCAUAAACAACCCGGCUCGGUUCACCCUCGACAGCAAACAGAGACACAGCCGGCGGACGAUCGAGGCUCUGCUCGAUCGCAUACGGACGGGCGUGGGUGAUGUCCUGCGAGGGCACGAUGUUGCAGUCCGCAUGAUUGCCCACAAGCGAGGGCAUCUCGUCCUGGACAAAGCUCUCAUAUCGCGCAACCACCAGUCAUCGCCAGGCCCGUUCGCCCCGAACACCCCGGAGGAUGAGCAGGCACUGUUUGUGGCGCACCUGAGAGCACGCAUUCAGGCUGACAUCGACCUCGUUUGCAAAGACACGUGCAGUCUCAAGGAUGUCCCUGAGGAGCCGUCUCAUGAGCACUCGCCGCGCCCUCGCAACCCACCGUCUCGCCCAUUCACACCUCGUUCUACAGUUUCGGACGGGCUUGCCGUGCCGAAGGUUCGCCGGGAUCCCGUAGAAGUCAACCACACUUCGCCCUCAUAUACGCCUCCAGGCUCACCGGGCCACUUCACACAACCUCCCGUGCCACCCUGUGUCCCACCCAGAAGCUCAUCGAUGCGUAUUUUCCCACUUGUCCCUGCCAAGUAUAGGGAACGUGAGGAGCACUCGAGGAACACAACGCCGUCAGAGCGAGAUUCGGCUAUUGCCGUCGACUCUGCCAGUGACGGAAGCAUACCUGAUGAAGCUGUCAGCGUGGCUUCGUCGGUCAGUGGCAAGGCUCGUCCCGUCACUGACGAAAUUCAUGAGCAUUCCCUCCGAAGCGAGGCCUCGCCUGUGCUGAGCCCUGCAGCUGAAGUCUUCAAGCACAGCGAGGCUGAGGAUGACGACUCCAGCUCCUCAAGGUCAACGUGUUCCUCCAUGCCAGCACUCACCGAGAGCGAAAUGGCCACGCCUGAGCACAGCCUGCUCAUUACACCUUCACAAAUGCGGCAUUCGUCGCCCGAUUCGGAGGCACACCUCUUUAACGUCUUUGGAGAUGGCGGACCAUCUAGCCCUUUGGUCUUAGCAACACCAGAGCUGCCAUACCCUGUGUAUCCGGCAGCGAAAACCUCAGCAGAGCACGGUCUUUCGGUACCAAAGACGCCCGUGACCUCGACCGCACCCGCUUUGGAUCUAGCGAGAGGCGAGGUACCAGCAGCGGUGUCGACCGAGAGCCUGGCAUCCACCGAGGCUACCAACGGCACAGAUCUCAGCUCUGCUCUUGAAGACCAAGCAUGUCUACAAGAAGCUUCUGAGGGAGAUGCGACCCCCGAAUCGCAUGGUGUACUACAGUCGACCAGUCAUGAAGAGGCUCGCUCGGGCCUAGGCAUCAUCAAUAAUUCCGAUUUAGCAGGUCACACCUUUGACGAGUCAGAAUGCGAGUCCUCGGAUAUCGCACAACGCAAUGUCCCGCAAGAAGGAUGGUUGCUACAUUGCGUCGAAGAAAUCAACGAACGGGAUGACGCCGUCCCACAGGACGCUGAGUAUUCCGGGAUCGUUGCAACAGUCACCGAAUGCGGCUCGUCCGAUACGUUGAGGACGCAGAUUCGGAUUCUUGACGAUGUCAUCGACCAGCACGAAUUGCCAGCACCGCAGUCCAGUCUUGGUCGAGAUUCUGUCAACGAGGACGCAGCGAGGCUACAGCUGGAGGACGGUCAAGAAUCUAUCGAUCCGGGCAUCGUACACGAAGACGGCGUAAGCCUGCCGGAGCUCUUCGAGGCGCCAGAGGCAGCUUGGUCGGGUGACUCGAUCGAUGCGAGCGCGGACGCGACACAGGUGAGAGACUUGAGCGCCGAGGAUGAAAUGUCUCGGUCCAAGAUGGAUUACUUCGAGGCAGACGAGGAUGACACGGAUUCGGAGGAACAUGACCAUUCUCGGUCCGACGGAAACUUGCAGCCCGCCGCACCCAGCCCGCGAUUCGUUGGAGCCUCCGAAACACAGUGCAUAACGCCGUUGUCAGACUCGGAGGGCGGCAUCUCGCAGCGCUCCGAGACCCUUGAACGGUCCUACGGGAGCAAGCACCCCGGCCUAGGAUCAAUUGACGAGGCCGCUCCCGAACCCUUUCCGGAUGUGUCUUGCUCAGUCAGACAGCAUUCUUCAUCAGACAACACGGAAUCGGCAACAAUUUCGGGGCCUUCAACAAGCGACGUUGUCCGAGGCGGAGACCUGAAUGGUCCGAAUGCCGCGAGUUUGGAGUCAACCGGUGGUCUCACUGUACCAGACCUCGCUGUGUCGGCGCCGAAAACACCGAAACACGACGUGUUCUCUGAGCAAGCGCUUGCAGCAAGGACUCCGACGCAGGGUGAUUUCACGUCGACUUCAGAAACGCCGAGGCAUGAAACCUCUCAGUCGCUUGCCCGAACAAAGCCGCGGCCCGCACCUACCGGGUUGAAGACCAAUUUCCUCCUCCCGUCCCUGCCAGUCUUCGCCAGCAUCGACCCCACUGCCAACCAGAGCAGGGCCAGCUUCCAGUCAUCAUCCUCGGAGUGGGAGGACUGUGUUUCGGAGGCGAGACAGUCGAGCGAUUCGGUGGACACGAUCCAGCAGCCUCCGUCCCUAUCGGAUCAUGACGUCGGCGCCACAGAGCGCCCCGGCUCUCCGAAACGCCUGGGCACGCCCACUGCGGGAAUCCUGGGCCUCCACGAGUCACGAUGGGCAGACUUUGGCAUCCGCGGCGCGCUGACGGGGAGCCACGCGUUCGACAGGCCCUCGACAGCGCCGUUGCUCAGCGCCGAGCACACGCGCGAGGAGAAAGCUGAGCCGAGGGGCGACAAGGUGGAAGAGGACCUCGAGGAGACACCGCGCGCCCGGCCUGCGACGCCACACCGCAAGUCGCUACAUCUGCUACACCACAAGAAGAGCAUCAGCUCAAUCAUCUUUCCUGGAACGCACCACGGGCACCAGCUCCACCAACAUGGCAAGGCGCCGAAGUUGACCAAGAAGGAGAGCAAGGAGCUCAGGGCGCGGGAGAAGUCGAAGGCCAAGCCGGAGGGCAAGGAGAACGGCAAGGCUGUGGGUGUUGACGCCCAGAAGCGAGAGGAAGUCGGGGAUGCGGGGCGAUUCCCAAGGGCGAUGAUGCUGAUCACCGGGCUGGCGAUUGCGUCGUCGGUGGUGAAUAGGAGUUCUGCCUGA